AAAACUCCAGAUUUCUCUUCAAGCCGUCAACAAUGUCGAAGCGAGGGCGUGGAGGUACCUCUGGUAACAAAUUCAGAAUGUCACUGGGUCUUCCGGUGGCAGCGACGGUGAACUGUGCCGAUAACACCGGUGCUAAGAAUCUGUACAUCAUUUCGGUGAAAGGUAUCAAAGGUCGUCUUAAUCGAUUACCUUCUGCUUGCGUCGGCGACAUGGUGAUGGCCACCGUCAAAAAGGGUAAGCCUGAUCUCCGGAAAAAGGUUCUUCCUGCCGUCAUCGUCAGGCAACGCAAACCAUGGCGCCGAAAGGACGGUGUUUUCAUGUACUUCGAAGAUAAUGCUGGAGUCAUUGUCAACCCCAAGGGAGAAAUGAAAGGUUCUGCAAUUACUGGUCCUAUUGGGAAAGAGUGUGCUGAUCUUUGGCCAAGGAUUGCUAGUGCUGCCAAUGCCAUUGUCUAAUGAUCAGAUCAAUCAAUUGCUUGUAUUUGA